AUGUGCAACCGCGCAGGAGGGACAUUUGAGAGUCCGAUGGCGUCGUCGUUGGAAAAUGCACCCGUCCGUAUUGACCCUAGGCCUAAAGAGAACGCGAUACCAGGCAAGCUUGCGAACACGUCACAGAGGACCACAAAGGCCACAGUUGAGGACUACUUCUCCGAUGACGAACAGAAGGACCGUACAGGGGAGAGAGAAGAUGGAAUGAAACAGCCGCAACCAAAAUCGAUCAUCGUAAAAUCCACGAUACCAAAACGCGCCAGUGUCAGCUGGCCAGAUGAGCCGUUGGGUUCACGAGGCAAAAAUAUUUCAUCCAUAAACAGAACGAGCAGGCUGUCAGAGGCUCAGACUGUCGUGGGUUCUGAUAUCGACGAUGGCGGUCGUCCCCCAAGCCCUGGCGUUCGUGGUCGCUCCCCUACACGAAGACCAGGUGAAAGACUACCUCUAGUAUAUGGUCCAAGGGUCCGAGAAGCCGAAGGCGAAUACACCAACAGCGAAGAGGAAGAUGACUGGUAUCCCACGAGGGCAGUGAGGGGACGUGUAGCUAGGCCGGGACGUGUGGCUAGGCGCCGACCCAGUCCGGCCAUGUACAUGAACUUCGAGGCGCCUACAGCAAGUCGUGAACAUACGAUAAGUGGACCUAGAAGACCAGAACUUCGUCAUGCUCGCCACUAUGAGAACGUAGUUACGCCUGCACCGUAUCAGUCUUGGUCACAUCCGCAUUCACAUUCCUGGGCGGAGCCAUUCGAGUAUGUCAGGAGGACAAGAGGAUCUGCGCCAACUCAUCUUGAACAUCCAUCACUCCAGGUCCCAUACGACGACUAUCCACUGCCUGCUUCGAGUCAUCGAGGGUAUGCACCACUAUCUCGACCUCGGGGAGGCCCAGUGGUGCAACCAGCAACGUUACAGAGACCAGCAGCUUCUCGUCAAGACAGUGGUGAAGCCUCAAACACAGCACCGCAGCACGAUCAUGCCAAGCAAACACAAGUAGUCGCUGUUAACGAAGCGGGCCAGGCCGAUAAUCACAAGGACUCCAUGCGCAAUCUCCAGCCAACACCGAGCCAAGCGCCAGCACAGGCCAAGGGCAUACCUUUGACAGACAUCGAUCUCAUCCCUACCCCAAGAUUGCUGUCCGCAACAGAAACACAGGCACAAGUGGCUCUGACAGAUCUCGAACUGAUCAAGCUCAUGGAAAGGCGCAUGCAGCUUCUGAAGCAGAAGAAUGAGGAAAAGCUUUUGGAAGCCAAUCAGGUCCUGGACUAUCUGAAACGAGGCUCACAGAGGGCAAUGCUGAAGCCCGAUGAUAAGAUUGAACCCCCAGCCGACGUUGCUGUGAACGUACCGAAUGUGCACGAUUUCCGGACUCCCGAAGAUGAGACGGACUAUGACCAUGACAGCGAGGACUCGAGUAGCUCUGAUGGAGAUUCGGUCGCUGGGAAUUCUUCAGGCUCCAGUAUCUCGUCUUUGGGCCAGAAGACACGUCAGAUCAGCUCUCCAGGUCACGCAGCCGAAAGCCGACUGGGCGCGCGUACCGACAGGCACUCUGUAGAAUCGACGAUUGACGAAACUCUGAGCAGCAGUGAUUCUGACCAAGAGUCUACAUCUGGGAGUGGUCGAUCAAGCGAUGGUCCAGAUAUCACUGAGCCUAUUCACAGCGGCGGGCCUAGGAGCACACUCGUUGAGCAUGCACCAAAAACCCAAGCAAACAACGAUAUGAUGGAUGAAGUGAUUACUCUGCGCCGAGACCUGUCCAUUCUCAAAAGACAAAUGACCCGUCAGAACAAGAAUUGGUUUGGACACUCAGUUGUUACUCGUUGGAGGAAAUACUUCAGUAAGGCGCCGCGUCCCGGCACACAACGUUUGGAGUGGAUAUGUGAAUGCGGAGAGGAGAUGUAUGCGGACCUGCCCAUUGAGAACAGUGCCCAGUACCAGCAGAUGCUCGAGUUUCUCACAAGACCGGGUCCAAAGACUCAACAGGCCAGUCAUAAUCAAAAGACACCCUCACAGCUCGAGGGAGGUACCGGUCAGCAAGACUACGCGUCACUGCAAUCGAGUCAAAGUAGUUUCAUGCAAGGAGCGGCACCUGCACCUGCAUCUACCAUAGGUUCUGGCAGUACAUGCGUUGGAACAGGCAUCUCGCAGUUCCCUUCUACACAGCAGACCGAUCCUUAUGCGCGAAACAAAUAUCUUGAGCUCUGUGUGAACGUCGGGAAGUACGAAACAAAGCUGGCCGAGAUCCAGGUAUCCUCUAGUCAGUCCAACGGUGCAGCCAUCUGCACCGAUGCACAUCUCUUCCGUCAAAUUUACCACCGAUACUUCGCACUGCGGAAGCACACUUGGCGUCGGUUCCUGUACCGGCCCGCAGGUAUCAAGUUCGUUCACUUCGGCGUCCAAGCCGGAUACCGGGUGAGCUUCUUCUCUAGCGACCCCCUCCCAUCCGAGGAUGAGAUCGCAGCGAAGCGGUACGAGUACAAUCCGCAGCCCCCUGUGCCGCCCCCGAUCGACUCCCGCACGUUCUUGCACUACUUCUACAAUCAUUCCAUGCACUCACAUAGCACUAGUGCGAAGUACGUGAACCGACUGCCUAAGAAGCUUGGAGAUAGUCUGACCCGCUCGCUUGGAGUGGACGAUUUGCUUGAAGGAUGGGGCAUCCACAUUAUCGAGGGGCCAAACAAAGUCGCAAUCUGCUGGGCGCUCAUGAUAGUCCUGAUAGCGAGUCUUGGAGUUUCGGUUGGCUACAAUUUGGUAACGAAGUCCGAGGACAGUGGCUUCGCAAUCGGACAGUGGAUGGUCGCAGCAUUGACCGUGGCGCUGUCAGCACUCUACUUUAGCCUGGAGGACGAUGUAGACUCCACUUUCGACUGA